UGCAUCUCAAAUAUAGAAAUGGAAUAGUUCGCCACAAUCAAAGAUCACGUGGAUACGGAAAAGCUGUAGAAUCAGCGCCCUUGUCAAAUUCUUAUCUACUCAAAGAUGUUGUCACUUGUUGUCCUGAUGAUCCUGUUUCAACCAGAAGAGGGAGGCUCCUCACCUAUCUCCUGUUACAAUGAUCAAGGGGAAGCUGUUGACUGGUUCUAUCUCUACAAACUCCCCCAUGUUGAUCGUGAAUUUCCCAAUGAUGGACAGAGUUAUCUACUGAUGGACAAAGGCAGCGAGGGAUGGAGGGAUGGAAACGUGUUGGUGAAUGACAGCACUGGAGCCCUGGGGAGGACAGUGGGCCAGCUGUAUGAGCAGGGGAAGAAUGAUGACAUUGCAUACAUCCUGUACAAUGACCAGAGACCACCCGAGGAGGGAGAAAAAGGAUUUGGUUUCCUUAGUAGCCGAGGUGGCCACACUAAAGGUGUUGUCUUAUUGGACAAGACACAGGGCUAUUGGUUGGUCCACAGCACCCCUCAUUUCCCCCCUGUAAAGGAAAUAGGGCAAUAUUCCUACCCAGGUAGUGGUGUACAGAACGGACAGAACUUCAUCUGUGUGACCUACCCACUGGAACGCUUUCAGGCCAUUGGAGAGCAGUUGCAGAUCAACCAGCCCAAUGUGUAUGACUGUGGUGUCCCUGCUUCCUUGGCCUCUCUGGUGCCCGCACUGGCUGAUGUCUGUAACAACAGCCAAGGGCAGAUGGCCUAUAGCAGCUUACCGCACACCCAACCUGCAUCCAAUCGCAGUGUGCCUCUCACCUCAUUGGGUGGAACCGAGUUCAUCAGCUUUGCCAAGGGGAGAUCAUUCAAUAAUGAUCUGUACCACUACUGGGUGGCUCCCUCCCUCCAGUCAGACCUCCUAGUCCAGUUCUGGAUCCGCUCCACUGGCAUCCUGCCCUCUGACUGCUCCCUGGGCUGGAAGGUCCUGGACAUCCAGCUUAUCUCCCCAGGCGGGAGGAUCACCUUCAAGGCCUCCAAUGACCACUCCAAGUGGGCCGUGAGUACCACCGGGGGUGGGUUGGAUGGAGCUGCUGGCUGGGUGUGUGUGGGCGACAUCAACCGCAACGAGGCUGAGGAGAAGAGAGGGGGCGGGACAGUGUGUCUGCAGGACGCCACGGUGUGGAAGGCCUAUCGGACAGCGGCGCUGGAGUGUGAGAUGUGCGGGGGAGGGACCAGCGGGUGUGAUGUGGACGUAGAGGAUGCAAGGCACUACCAGGGAGAUAUGAAUCCGUAAGCAUCAGUGUGGCAGCAGUGUAAAGUUACUAGUAUGCACACAGUUCACUGAGCAGCUAGGUUUAUUAGCAUUAUUGAGCUCCGUGAACAAGGUACACCAUAGAAUGUUGAUUAAUAAGCAUCAAAUUCAUUUUUUUAUGGCAGUUUUGGAGUGUUUCAUAAAUUGCCAUGAAUAGAAACAUACUUGAAAGGGAAGUGGCACUCCUAUAAUCAUUAAACAAUGAGCAUUUUGAUACAUUCUAUGUAGUUCUAUAAGUUGCUAAUGACUGUAGGCAAUGUUGAUUGUGAUCUCAGGUAUGUUUUUUGACAUUUUAUAUGAGUCUGUUUUCAAUCUUUUUUAUGUGACAAAUGAUUUAAAAAAAAUGAUUGUUAAAGUAUGUGUAAUGUUUUUUCUUUAAUUCUCUUUUACUUUUUAGUCAAACGUUUGGUGACUUUUUCAGCUUUUAGCUUGAAACAGGCAAAGAUACUGACUGUCUUCUGUCCAAAUAAAGAAAGUACUGUUGUUGCGGGGUGCACAAAUA